AAAUAAAUAAACUCAGCUCGGCGGCACGAUCAUGCUGGCCACUAUUGAAGCGACGUCGUUCUGGUCAGUUCCCGCUUGCCCUGUGAAUUCCUUCUUUCUCGAUGAAAUGCGGGAACAAAGAACCUGACUGUAAACCCUAGAGCGCACAACCCUACCAAUGGCAAUUGCACGAACCGGGGUGUUCGUUGACGACUAUUUGGAGUAUUCAAACACUUUGCCAGCAGAGCUCCAGAGGCUUCUCAACACCAUUAGAGAACUGGACGAACGAUCACAAGCCAUGAUAAAUCAGACACGGCAGCAGAUGAAAUACUGCUUGGGAUUUUCUUCUCAGAGUUCAAGGAAAGGGAUUCCUGAAGAUGACGAUGAAGUAUUUGAAAAAAUGCGAAAGGAUAUAGAGGCAAACCAGGAUAAUGCUUUAAGCCUCUGCACUGAAAAAGUUCUACUGGCACGGCAAGCCUAUGAUCUCAUAGAUAGCCAUGUAAAACGGCUUGACGAGGACCUGGCCAACUUCGCAGAAGAUCUAAAGCAAGAGGGAAAAAUAUCACCUGAUGAGCCAGCAAUCCUCCCCCCAAUGCCUAUAAUUCCAAAAAACGAAAAGCGGAAGUCACUUUAUGCAACACCUCAAUCAAGGAGGGUGGACUACAGGGACAGGGAUUGGGAUCGAGAACGUGAUAGGGAUUUUGAGCUCAUGCCUCCACCAGGCAGUCAUAAAAAGGAUUUUGUUGCACCCAUUGAUGCUGAUCAACCUAUUGAUCCAAAUGAACCAACCUACUGCGUCUGUCAUCAGGUGUCUUUUGGAGAUAUGAUUGCUUGUGACAAUGAAAACUGCCAAGGUGGUGAAUGGUUUCAUUACUCCUGUGUUGGGCUUACACCUGAGACUAGAUUCAAAGGAAAGUGGUAUUGUCCAACCUGCAGAUUGCUACCCCAAUGAUUAUAUAUGUACAUCACAUUUGUUGACCUUUUGGCAAAAUCUUGGUGGUUUUGAUAUUUUAUUGGAUUCGCUCGUGGCCUUUUGAGCAUGUUAGGCAGGUGUCCCUUUUUAGGCCUUGAAAAGAAAUGAGUUCUGUUCCGUUCUCGAUAUUCUGGUUUCGAUGGUUUGGUUUUAUGAAAAAAAAGCCAGAGCAGCUAUGAAUUUCAGUUCGAGCAAUGACUGAUAAGUCAGCAAAUUGCUGGUUUCAGCUGUAUAUUUAUUUCCAAAUUAUUUUGUAUUAUACCCAUAUCCAAUUUUCCUAUCCCGACUUUGUAUAUGGGCAUAAAAUGUUUAAUAAUUUGCCCUAUUUUUACAGGCAAAAUAGUCAAAAUGCAUUUUCCAGCCAGCAGUUUGGAUUUGAAUA